UUAGUCGUCGUAAAUCGCAUGAUUGAGCAAAAUACCGACUACCGAUUCAAUCCGUCGCUGCAGCUGGCGUGCGGGAAAAAUAUCGAUCGUUAUUGCUCGCAUAUUGUGGCAACGGCACAGCCGAAUGAAGAGUUGAACGGCAUGGUCAUACAAUGCUUAAAAGACAAAUUCCGCGAAUCCCGUUUGGAUUAUGAUUGCACGCAAGAAAUGAUCAAAAUACUGCAGGAACAAGCCUUAAACUACAAGCUAAACCCACUGCUGCAGAACUUCUGCAAAUCUGAAAUAGAAGUACUUUGCAAGGCGAAUCAACAAAGCCGGGAGCAUGGCAUGGUUGAGGAAUGUUUAAAAACGGCUUUCCUUAAUCACAAAAUUAUAAAUCGUGAUUGUCGCGUUGAAGUUGCUACGUUGAUAGCUGAAGCCAAGGCCGACAUUCACGUAGAUCCUGUACUGCAGGAGGCGUGCACUGUAGAUUUGCUACGUUAUUGUUCGAAUGUGCAAAGUGGAAAUGGACGAAAAUUAAGAUGUUUACAAGUCUUACUGAAAGACCAGUCAAAGGCCAUGGACCAGGAUUGUCGUAUGAAGUUACAGAAACGUAUAGAAAUGUUCCGCAAUGCAGAUACGGUGCUCGCUCAACCUCCGGAAAAUAUGGAAGAGCUCGUUAGUCAAGUUGUCGCGUCGCCAGCGAAAAGAUUCUUCUUUAUUGUUUUAAUAUUUUCCAUCGGAAUGUUCUUCUUAAUGGGUAUUUUCCUUGGACGUAUAACUAAACGUGCAAUCAAUAUUAAAAAUAAAUAAACGUCCAAUAGAAUAGGAAAAAUGUGUGACACAA